CCCGAUGGCGUCACCGGCGUCUCCGCGGCAACAGCGGCAGGAGAGAGAAAAAAAAAAAGGUCCGUCUCCGGGACGCCGCGCGCUUCUCAGCAUAUCGGACCCGGAGCGCGCGCGGUCAGGACGCACGGCCAUGCACUGUCUCGCGCUCUUACCCGGAGCUCGCGCGUGGUGUUUCCUUCGGUUUCUCGGGGUGCUAUAAACAACAGUAGUAGUAAUAAUCAUCAUCAUUAUUAUUAUUAUUAUAAAUAAUACAUUGUUUAUCCUGCGGCGCGGACAUGCGCCGAGCAAACGGAGCAAAAAUAAAAGAAACUGCGGACAAAAGGAGGAGAAUGUCUGUAAUCCGGUAAAGACGGGAUGCAAAGACAGAGGAGCGCGUGGAGAUAAGUGGCACAGAAAUGCAGCGGUUUCACAUUUUUAUUUGUGUUACUAGAAUGAAAAUCUAGUGUUAUAGGACAAAGACUUGAUUCAUGCAUUGGGAGUCAUUUCCAACCAAGAAACUCUGGACGCACUGAUUUGCAAAAAUCAAUCAAAUCCAAUUCUAAAUAAACACAGAAAGAUCUUAAAAUCCUGGAACGAUGCUGAGCACUCACAAUUUAUGGAUUGCAUGGCUGGCGCUCUUCUGCAUGGAAGUGUGUGUGCGCUCGCUGGAGGUGACGGUCAGUCAGAGCAGCGUCCAGGUGGCCAGAGGUCAGGCAGCCAUCUUGCCCUGCACUUUCACCACGAGCGCUGCCCUUAACAACCUGUACAUUAUCUGGAUGGUGACACCGCUGGCCAACGCCAACCAACCCGAGCAGGUGAUUAUUUAUCAAGGCGGUCAGGUCUUCAGCCUCGCUAACCGUAUGAACAAUCGUGUGGGUUUUGUUGCUACGAUGCCCAGCACUAGUGCCUCCAUCUUCAUCAACAACACACAGCUGGCGGACACGGGGACGUACCAGUGCCUCGUCAACAACCUGCCCGACCGCGGGGGGAGAAACAUUGGUGUCAUUGGCCUCACCGUACUCGUCCCUCCAUCUUUGCCCGUGUGUCGCAUCCAGGGUUCUUUGGACGUCGGCAGUGAUGUCACGCUCCUCUGUGGUUCUGAAGAGGGAAUUCCGACGCCAACGUACUCAUGGGAGAAACUGGAGUCGAUCCCCAAACUCCCGCUCGGUUCCAUGCAAGAUCAGAUGCAGGGUACGGUGAGUCUGAAGAACAUCAGCGUGGGGACGUCGGGUGUGUAUCAGUGUACCGCCUCCAACGCCAUCGGCACCAGCACGUGUCAACUCAACGUGCAGGUGGUUACACCUCAGCCCCAGAGCGCAGGUCUCAUCGCUGGAACCGUCGUCUCCGGCGUCCUCGCGGCUGUGAUUUUUGCUCUGCUGGUGAUCGUUACGCUUUUCUACUGGAGGAACAAAAACCGCUAUGAAGACGAUGACAUCCCCAAUGAAAUCAGAGAGGACGAUCUUCCGCCAAAGAGGUCGUCGUCGGUGAAAGCGUUCCAGGCGGACGCCUCGUCCUCGGAGAAUGACACGCUCACCUCCACCAACACCUACAACAGCCGCUACUGGCACAACGCCAAAGCCAGCUACGACGCCAACUCCUACACUCGCUACGAUGGGCAAAACUUCACAACUGGGGUCGGGACUGGUGCUGGAGGCGGGGUAGGCUAUGCAAAUGGAGGCCACACUCUCCCAGCUCCCAAGACUCUGGUGGUCACUGCCAAUUCUGCGCCUAUUGUUACACGCAGCAACGGUUCGUUGACUCAGCGAGCUCCACCCACAACACCCCCACCUACUUCUGGCUCCGCACAAACACACUUGCCGAGCCGUACGCAUUCGUACGCCGUCAGCCAAGCAGCGCUGGAGCGCAUGGGCGCAGUACCUGUCAUGGUUCCCGCUCAGAGCCGGGCGGGGUCGCUCGUCUAACGCCAAUAUGAGAUGGACAAACAGAAUUUUUACAAUUCUUUAUACAAAUGAUGCCAUCUCUUUCUUUUUUUUCACUAAUGAACUACUGAUUUUACUGCGUGAGGUUUUUUCUACAUUAGCAAAUUUGCAAUAAUAAUAAUAAUAAUAAUAAUAAUAAUAAUAAUAAUAAUUCAGGAACGUUUUGGAGAACAUUUGGAAUGUUUCCUUGAUUAAGCGAUCUCUUUUCAACAUGCAUCUCGACUGAAUAUUAAAAGUACAAAAUUUCAGCUGCCACUUUUAGAACAUUCACGCUUAGCAACACUAUGUUUUGCUGAUGACGACUUGGGCCAUCUUAUUGAAUUUUGAAGCAAUAGUUUUAAAACGUUAACGUAAAACUCCUAAAUCAAUCUUGUUUAUUAGCAAUAUAAACAAAACAGUGUUCCAAAAAAUACCCAUGUACAGCCGCGAGUGUAAAUAAGAGACGGGAAACAAUAGGAGGUAAUAAAAAUAAUUAUACUUUUUUCCCAAAUAGUUUUUAUUUGGCAACUUUAUUAUUUCUUUACAUUUAUUUGGCAACUGUUUAUGCUUACAGUUUUUUUUUUUUUUUUAAUUAAUUUUAUUUUUUUGGACAAUAGGUUUUGACAAAGUACAAGAAAAACAUGAAGCUAAAUCUUCUAGAGAAAUCGUUCACGUUCAAAAUAUUUGCCAUUAGAUUACAAAAUUAAAGUUCACGACAUAAAAUCGUAAAUUGAACGAAAAUCAACCAUUACACUUGUGAAAAUGUGCCUGAUUUCUUUUAGAAUGCAAAUUAGAAAUGACUUACUUUCAAACUGUAACCCAGUCACACAUGUCGGUGGCUAGCUAGCUAAAGAAAACGUUUUCCUUUGACCUAACUUUGACCCAAAAUUGCAGUAAAUAAUUUUACAAAAUCAAAUUUAUAGUCAUAGAUGUUUUUAGGGAAGUCAAGUAAAGUUAAAACAAUCAUAUAAAAGUAUCUUUAAAUCUCAAAAACAUGUUGGUUUUCUUUCCCAAGGCCCAACCUCUUAAUAAAAACAACAGAUGAAUCAAUUGCCAUAUGAAUCUGGAAUGAUUGACAGUUGCAUAGGUGAUUUGACCCAUCGUUAUUAACUAACCUCCCCAGAAGCUCCACCCCUUCCUCACUCACCUUUCACGCCGUCAGUACAAUUUGUGAGACGAUCUUGCUUGGAGAACAUUUCGAGUUUGUGAUCGUUAAUUAUUACCGUUAAUUAUCGUUAUUCAAUCGGUUCCAAUGUGAAGUAUCAGUUAAAUCCAAUUAUUAGGAACUAGUAUAAAAAAUACUUUGUAGUUUGUGUAGCUGUUGUAGCUGUCUUAUUAUUUUAGCCAGAGAAUAGCAAAACUUUAAAACAAAAAAAAAUGGCAAUUUAUAAAGUAUUAGUCACUACUUAUAGUCCAAAAAAAUAUGGUAAUAUGUUUUUUUAAUGAUUUAUUUUUAAAAUGAGAAAUUCUUGUUGGAGAAAAACUUUUUUUGUUUGUUUUAAUUUAAUUUGUAUUUUUUUCACUGUUUUCAACCCAGAGUUAGUUUUUAACACUAAAACAA